AUGUCAACACUCCAGUUUAAGACGCAGUUCUUCGACCUGUUCAUCAGCUGUCUCUCCUAUAUCAAUAUUCUCACCCUUCUACGAAUCUCAAAAUCCUCGUUUCCCGAAACCGCCCAAGAUACCACUCCUAUUCCCACGACAGCCACUGACAACACUACCACCACGACCACGGCAAAAAUGAACACCACGACCGCAACAACACCCAAAAUACAGAGCUCAAUAAACCAAUACUUCCCACCGAGUCCCCCGCGCUCAGACAAAGGAGACAACGACGAUGAAAUUCAAGAAGUCGAAGUCCCACUGCCACCACCAUCAAUCAAUCCAACAAAAGUUUUAGAUAUAGAUCUCGGAACACCAGAUUCGCAUGUUCCGAGGGAUCCUCGAUUGAUCAGAUUGACGGGAGUGCACCCAUUUAACGUGGAAGCCCCAUUGACGGCGUUGUUUGACUCUGGCUUUUUGACACCCCCUGAGCUGUUCUAUGUCCGCAACCAUGGCGCAGUUCCAGAAGUCCACGAUGAGGAUAUCAUGGAUUGGGAUAUCUCAAUUGAAGGACUAGUCGAAAACCCCAUGACAAUUUCACUUCGUCAGAUCCUCACAGACUUCGAAAAUGUUACCCUCCCCAUCACGCUUGUCUGUGCCGGAAACCGCCGGAAAGAACAAAACAUGGUCCAAAAGUCCCAAGGUUUCUCUUGGGGCGCCGCCGGCGUGUCGACUUCUCUUUGGACUGGACCUCUCAUCAGCACACUCCUAGCUGCUGCCAAACCACUUCGACGUGCUCGCUACCUCUGUAUGGCCGGCGCUGAUGACCUCCCAAACGGUAAAUAUGCGACUAGCGUCCGCCUCUCACACGCUACAGACCCUAACCGCGGUAUCAUGCUCGCACAUAAACAGAAUGGAGAGACGUUGAGGCCGGAUCACGGGAAGCCGCUGAGAGUGGUAGUCCCGGGAAUGAUUGGUGGACGAUCAGUGAAAUGGUUGAAGAAGCUGGUUAUUACAGAGGAACCAUGUGAUGGCUGGUACCAUAUUUAUGAUAAUAGGGUGCUGCCAACUAUGGUGACUCCGGCGAUGGCGAAGGAAAACGUGGAUUGGUGGAAAGAUGAGAGAUAUGCGAUCUAUGAACUAUCCGUCAACUCGGCGGUUGCGUACCCGCAGAAUGAUGAGAGGUUAGACGUAGAGGAAAGGAAGGAGGAGAUGUAUACAGUCAGAGGAUAUGCGUAUGCCGGGGGUGGUAGGAGGGUUACUAGAGUGGAAGUGUCAUUGGACAAAGGGAAAACAUGGGCUCUUGCACCAAUAACAUACCCCGAAGACCAAUAUCGCUCCGCCCCUGACGCCCAAACCCUCUAUGGCGGCCGCCUUGACAUGAGCUGGCGCGAUGCUUGCUUCUGCUGGUGCUUCUGGUCAUUACCCGUCGCCGUGAGUGCCCUUAGCGCCGCUGACGAUAUCGUUGUCCGUGCUGUCGACGAGAGUCUCGCUAUCCAACCCCGUGAUACAUACUGGUCUGUCCUCGGUAUGAUGCAUAACUCAUGGUUCCGUAUUGCAAUCAGAAAGGAGGAUGAUGGACGUAUACUACGCUUUGAGCACCCAACGUUACCAGCGCUGAUGAAGGGUGGAUGGAUGGAGAGGGUCAAUAAGGAGGGUGGAGAUCUUUUAGACUCGAACUGGGGUGAGAGGACAGAUACGGGUGAUUCGGAGGCCGUCAAAGAGGUCAAGCAGAGGAAGAAGGAUGUGGUCAAGAUGACCAAUGACCAGGUGAAGAGGAUUAUCGACAUCGAUGAGCUCAGGAAACAUGAUCAGAAGGAGGAACCGUGGUUUGUGGUCAAUGGAGAAGUGUAUGAUGGCACUGGGUUUUUGGAGGGACAUCCGGGUGGUGCCACAAGUAUCAUUGCCGCUGCUGGGUUGGAUGCCACUGAUGAGUUUAUGGGGAUCCACAGCGAAAACGCCAAAUUAAUGAUGCCAAAAUACCACAUUGGCUCCCUCUCGGAAUCCUCUCGCCUCGCUCUUCUUGAACAGGGCAACGCAGACUCUACCUCAGACCAGUCAACGAGUACCUUCUUGAACCCUCGAGCAUGGUCCAAGGCCACCCUUAUUGGCAAGAAGGUUGUUUCAUGGGAUUCAAGGAUUUUUACCUUCAGUCUGAACUCACCUGAACAAAUCCUCGGACUGCCCGUCGGCCAGCAUCUCCUGAUUAAAGUGAAAGACCAAGUGACAGGCGAGGUUAUCACUAGGCCAUACACACCUAUGUCGACGGACGCGGAGAAGGGCGUUGUGCAUCUUCUCAUCAAGAUCUACUUUGAUACGCCUACCACAAAGGGCGGUAAGAUGACUAUGGCUUUGGAUAAAUUACCGAUGGGCCACACUGCGGAGUUCAAAGGUCCCAUUGGUAAACUCAUUUACCAAGGCCACGGAAACCUCACAAUCAACGACGCCCCCAGAAACGUCGACUCAUUCCUCAUGAUUUGCGCCGGCAGCGGUAUCACCCCCAUCUUCCAGGUCCUACGCUCCGUGCUCGAAGACAAGACCGACCCUACACAGUGCGUCGUGCUUAACGGAAACCGUCUAGAAGAAGACAUUCUUUGCCGAGAGGAACUGGAUGCUCUGAACGAGGCAAAUGGAGACAGGUGUAAGCUUGUAUACACACUCACAAAACCGGAGAAGGACUGGAAGGGUAGGGUUGGGAGAGUAGACGAGGACUUGAUUAAGAGAUUUGUGCCAGCAGUGAAGGAUGGAAAGAGGCCAUUGGCGCUGAUUUGCGGUCCUGAGGCGCUGGAAAAGAGUGUACAUGGAAUAUUGAAGGGUAUGGGAUGGGAAGAUACGGACAUGGUGUUCUUCUAG